AUGUCACUUUCAAUUCUUGAAACGAAAACAUUCAUCCCCGAGCUAGGGUUUCACGACAAGCCAUACGGCCCCUCGAAACGAGACCCACUGACGGUCUUCGAGAACAAUGUCGCGGCCGUUAAUGAAUUUGUGAAGAAGAACUUACCAUCAUUUAACGGCCUAGGUGAUCUCGUGGAGCUGCGGCUUGGAGAUGCUUCUAAGCACACUAGCUUGCCAAUCUUGAUUGAUUCUCGGGCGGCUGAAGCCAAGUUGCUCGACUCGAUUCCUGAAGGUGUCGAGCCGGGCACCAAAGUGACCAUCAUGCCCGAAUACGUGCUGGAUGUAAUCGAGGGUCGGCAGCAUCCGUUCAGCGCAUUCGCCAAGUACGGUCGAUACAUUGGCGAGCUUAGUUCCUGCUUUGCGCCCAUGGGCCGCGCUGUACCUGCAACGACUGCUGAUCGGUUGGAUCCGGAGAGGCUACCCAAGCCCACCGAGGAUGUGCGACAGAUAAAGCGUGAUAUCCUGGAGUGGGGUUACGCGUUUGUAGCCAACGCCCUCUCGCCGGAGCAGGUAAAGAUCGUGAAGACGGCCUUAGACCAGCAGGCCGCAGGCGAGCGCAAGGCAGGCAUCGCUCACAUCGAUCCCACGUCCCAGAUGAAGCCGGGCUUUAAGCCCAAUCAAAGAGUUUGGAAUCUGGUCAACAAAGGCGACGAGUUCCUCGAUCUGCUUAAUCAUCCACUGAUUGAUGAGAUCAUCCCAUGGUACCUCGGCAAUGCUGCCCAUGUCUCAUCCUUCAACGCCAAUAUCUCCCAGCCAGGCAGUAAUGCGAUGGUCAUGCACAGAGACCAGAUGAACAAGCACCCAGAGACAAUAGCCUUCUCCUACGGGUUAUCCUUCAUGUGGUACAUGAUAGACACCACUGAGGAAAGGGGCGCCACUCGCGUGUAUCCCGGGUCUCACAACAAGAACGUGAUGCCUGCUAUCAACACUGUGGAAGGAUCCAUCGCCGCCGAGGCCAAGGCUGGCACGGUCAUGCUCUUCGACAAUCGGGUGUGGCACGCCACGGGCAUUAACACAUCGCAAUGUCCCCGGCCGGUCCUUCUGCUCGACUUCGCCCGGUCCUAUGUACGGCCUUUCGAGUCUUUUGAGACUAUUCUCAGUGAUGAAGUCAAGGGCAAGUUAACGGCGCGACUUAAGGAGCUUUUAAGGGUAGAAGUCCAGUCAGACAAGGUUUCCUAUACGGGUUACACGUCUACUCGACCAGGAACUACUGCAGGCAGAUUGCGUGUUUUGCCCGAGAAUGCGCCAUUGGUGGUGUAA